CUCUCCAUCCAGUGCGCUCAGGCAGCAGCAGGAGUCUUGGCUCUGAGUCUGGAGGAAAGCAGCAGCAGGAGGAGCUGGAGACAUCCCAAACCAAGCUGACCUGAGGAACAUGAUCGGGGCUUUGACAGCCGUGGCUUGCCUGUACCUGCUGGUGGGCGUCUCGUUGCAGGUGGACGCGAAAAAUGGGAAGGAGGCAGAGAGCGUGGGGAAUUUCAUGGAAGACGAGCAAUGGCUGUCAACCAUCUCUCAGUACAGCCGUAAGACCAAACACUGGAAUCGCUUCAGAGAUGAAGUUGAGGACGACUACUUCAGGAAUGCUGACGAGACCGCCGGCUCUGAUCAAACUGUCGACACCACUAAGGACCCCUGCCAGAAUGUGAAGUGCAGUCGCCAUAAGGUGUGCGUUGCUCAGGGCUACCAGAGGGCCACAUGUAUCAACCGCAAGAAACUGGAGCAGAGAGUCAAACAGCAAGGGCAGCUUGAGGGCCAUGAGAGCAGCUGUAAGCCUUGUCCUGUUGCUGCAUCUUCGCCCGUUUGUGGCUCCGAUGGACACAACUAUGUUUCAGAGUGUAAGUUGGAGCAGCAAGCUUGCCUCACAGGGAAAGACCUCAGGAUCAUGUGUUCUGGAUUUUGCCCCUGCUCCACAGCUCCUGCUGCAAACACUGACAUUAAACGGGAGAGCUGCACUGGCCAGGACCUGGCUGACCUGGGCGAUCGCCUUAGAGACUGGUUCCAGCUUCUUCAUGGAAAUGCAAAGCAGAACAACUCUGGCAAGCUGGGUGCUUCCUCGGUGUUGGAAAAAAGCCUGGUAGCCAGCUGCAAAGACUCCAUUGGCUGGAUGUUUUCUAAACUGGACACCAACAGUGACCUGUAUCUGGACCAGGCUGAGCUGGCUGCCAUUAAUUUGGACAAGUAUGAGAUUUGCAUCCGUCCCUUCUUCAACUCCUGUGACAGCUACAAAGAUGGGAAGGUCUCCACAGCAGAAUGGUGUCUCUGCUUCUGGAGAGAAAAGCCUCCGUGCCUCGCUGAGCUGGAGAGGAUCCAAGUGCAGCAGGCGGCCAAGAAGAAACAUGGCACCUAUAUCCCCAGUUGUGAUGAGGACGGCUACUAUAGGAAGGUGCAGUGUGAUCAGAGCCGAGGUGAAUGCUGGUGCGUCGACCUGCAUGGAGAGAUGUUUGGCUCCAGAAUCCAAGGAAAUCCAGAUUGUGAUGAUGUAGCUGGAUAUUCAGGAGACUUUGGUAGCGGAGUUGGAUGGGAAGAUGAAGAGGAGAAGGAGGCAGAGGAAAACGGCGAGGAAGCAGAGGAGGAGGAAGAGGAGGAAGGCGAGGCGGACGACGGAGGCUACAUCUGGUAGAACUGUCUCACCCUGAACAGAGAGCACAGCAGCUGGUCUACAACUCUACAGGCGUGGCUCUCACCUAAAAGAGGGAAUUCUGGAAUAAAACUGGAGAGGAAGGGGAUUGUUAUUCUGUUAUAGGAGGAUGAGCUGUUAUUUUUCUUUAU